AUGCGACGUGCGGCAACGGUCACGACACCAUGGCCAUGGCUGCUCUCGCCCUCGGCCCCGCGCCACCUGGCAAUGUGCAGGCGAUGCAGGGAGCGCAGGGGAGGAGGUGAGGGGGCGAGUGGUGGCGAUGGACAUACAGCAGGAGGCAGUCAGCCGAACCCAUCACCUGCUGGCAGCUGGCCUGUCAGAAGCGCAGCCGGUCGUAAAUCUGUGCCUUUGACCGCCUGCACGUGUGCAUGUGUGGUGCUCACGCGUGAGAAUAUGUGCCACUCGUGCCACUCUCCUCUCCCCACGACCCCCCCCCUUCUUCCCAUGUGGCAGAUGGCUCAUGUGCACACGGUGUGGGCGUGCCACUCCACACUGCUCCAACAUGUGGCCCCUGGCUCUGCGCGGCUGGUGGCCUUCAACCUCGGUUACCUGCCUGGGGCCCACCACCACACUCCUGCCACUGCGACUCCCUCUCCCACCACUGCCCCUGAGGGCAUCACAACGCAGCCGGGCAGCACGGUGGCGGCGCUGCAGGGAGCAAUGGCAGCCACAGCUGUGGGCGGCGUGGUCAGUGUCAUGGCCUACGUGGGCCACCCAGGGGGCAGCCCUUCAAUGCACACAUACGGUAUUUUACAAAAUAUUAAGAUGCAGUUUGAGAUGGUUAACUACUGGUUUGGAGGUUAUGAUCGAGAUGACAAACCAUUCGAUUCGCAUCGAAACUCGACCUUCAUUCAGAUCUCAGGUGGUUUCUGGCUGUGCAGGUAUCAUCUGUCACUGUUCCACGCAAUUGUGACAUGGCUGACGUGGCGCACGCUGACUGAACGGCUGAACUUAUGGAGUUCCUCCUCCACCACUACGGACCAAACCUCACCUUCCCUUUUCAUUGGCUGGCUGCUGCGGCUGACGGAGGGUCCAACCCAGCGCCCUCCGCUCUUCCUACCGUGGCUAGCAUUCGAGGCUUCAUCCUUCCGCCUCGAACUUCUCAACAGCCCUCUUUCACUCCGCUCCACUCUCGUUCCCUCCCCCACACCCCCCCAGCUGCCAUCCUCUCGUUCCCCCUCAAGCCUCCGUUACGGGGCAAUGGUCGAUAUGCGGGAGCGAUUGGCUUCGUGGAGCGUGACAGGUUCCGCGGAUGCAGAUUCAGCCGCACCAGAAGACCACCGUGGUACUGUACUGUACAUACACCUGCCCCUGCGCAGCCCCCUCUCGUCCUUUCCCCCGCAGCCCACCCAUCCCCCCUCCCCAAUGGAAAAUCCCCUCCUCAUGCCAUCCAUGCCAUCCCACCCACCCAACGACAUUCCCCUGUUACCCCCGAUUGGCUACGGCGGCAGUGUCUUCUGGACAAUGAGCGACAGCCAGCGACCCACGCUUCCAGUGCCCGCAGCUGACGUGGCGCGUUCGUCACGAGGCAUUCAGGAUGCCGCUGUGCUCGCAUGCCCCUCCACAUCAGCUGCUUGCCACAGCGACACGGGGAGGCAGGGGAGCGGCGGAUCGUCCUCGUGUCGCGCCGCAGCAGCAGCAGCGGGUUCAGAUAAGAGUAGGGCGUCGAGUCGAGCGGGCUCCAUGGCAUCUGAGACUUCUAGUAGAAGCAGCACGAGAAGAGCACACGCGGAUCAGCGGCCGCUCACUGACGCCUCUGGUGCUGCGCCGUGCAACGCGGAACCCAAAGCGAGUAGCCCUGGGCAGCAGCGCGCCGAGCUCGCGAGCCAGAUCGACCUAGGGUCGCCGCAAAGCACCAAUUGCGGCGGCAGCGCAUCGACGGCGAGCGAGGGUGCCGUCGCCGGGAGGGACGGCGUGACGCAAGAGGCGAAAACAAACAACGGCGCGUCGUGUAUCUGCCGCGCCAGUCGACGACGGCGGAAGUGCGCCCUUCCGCUUACAUCCGCGGACGAGGUGACGGGGACCGAUUACUGCUACGCCAGCCACGUGGGAUUCUUCGACGCUCCCCCCUCGUGCGUCUGCGCGCGCGCGGAUUCCGCGGGCGGAAUCGAGCGCGCGGAGCGGUGGGAGCGGUGGAUGGACGGCGCGAGCCUCGUGGCGCACAUCACGCCGUUCGCCAUCGUCGGGGUGUGCAUUCAGUUUCUAUUGGACGAGCUGUUCGGCCCGAACGUGGCGCACGUGACGGACGACGCGCUGACGGUGUUCGUCGACCUGCCGGCCAACAUGCUCGGCGCGUUCCUCCUCGGCCUCUCCGCCGUCGCGCUCCUCCCCGCGCUGCUCGCGCGCUCGCGCCAUCUCGCCAUCGCCAUCGUCGUGGGGCUGUGCGGCAGCAUAUCAACGUUCGCCACGUGGAACCAGCGCAUGGUCUCCAUCGCCACGUCGGGGCUCUGGGCGCGCGCCGCCUUCGGGUACUUCACCGGCUCCGCGCUCCCCCUCGUUGCGCUCGUCGCGGGCGUCGACGCGGGGACCGCCAUUCGCCUCGCCUCCGCCUGCGCGCGCUCCUCCCCCAACCCCUCCCUCCUGCCCUACACGCUUCCAAGCGCAAAGCUCCCCGCGCCUGCUCCGCCAACGGAUCCCCCCCACCAGCGCCGCCACAUGCUCCCCAUGCUGCUGCUCUCCGCCGCCCUGCUGCUGCUGGCAGGGCUCGGCGCGCUGCUGCUCCCCCCCACCGCGCACCAUUGGCGCAUGCUGGCGUGCGCGUGCCUCGUCGCCCCCCUGGGCACCCACCUCCGCUUCCUCCUGCUGCGCUUCAACGGCAGGCCUUUCCCGCUCCGCCUCCCCUUCCUCCCCUGCGCCCACUCCCCCCCCUCCGCGUCAAUAUCUGCGCUGCUGGCGGAAGCGGGGGAGGGGGGGGCCGGGUGGGAGUGGAUGCCGUGGGGCACGUGGAUGGCGAAUGUGGGGGCGGCGGCAGUGGAAGCCGCCAUCUCCAUCCUCUACCUCAAGAGCAUAACGAGCGAGGUGGCGGUGGGGGCGAUGCAGCUGGGCUUCCUGGCAUGCCUCAGCACCGUGUCAAUGCCCUCCCUAGAAGCCCUGUACCUGCACUACACACUGCGCUCGCCCGCCAAGGCGUACGCGUAUGCGCUACUCACCAUCGUUCCCUCAUUCGCCCUGGGGCUGCUAAUCUACUCGCUGCCGUGCUGGCUCAACGGCUUCGACUCGCUCUAUGUGCACGUGGGCACCUCCCCGCAAUCCUCCCAGCCCUGA